AAAGGCUACUAGAAGUAGGCUCUCUCCUAUUCCCAACGAAGCUAAGAACACAUGAAUUAGGCAUCCGAGAAAGACAAGGAAUGAGCACGCCAGGACCCAACAUGAGUACAUCCAUUACUUCGAUCCUAAUUCCUAAUCCUAUGUUGGAGCAAUCAUAAACUAAACCCAAUAGAAAAUAUAAAAAAAGAAAGAAAAGGGAGUGAAAGUUGCAGGCUUUAGCAUAUCUAUGUUUUCUUGUCCUCCCCAGCAGCUGCACCUUGUCCCUUUGAUAUCAUUAAAGCCUGCUGCUUCCAACGGUGGUCCACACCCACCCCACACAACCCAACAAAUUCAAACCAAUUCCUUUCCCACCAUAUAUACAAACACAGCAGGAUUUGAGAGUUCAAUUUUUUUAGUAAGAAUCGUCAAACAUGUGGAGGGCGGAGGAAGGUUGCAGGGAAUCGAAGCAAGGAGAGGUUGAAGAUAAAGAUUGUAUAAGCAGAGGUGUGUUGUCAGCUGGAACGACAUUGUUAAUGGCAGCUUGUUUGAAGAGAGCUGUGGUUCUGUUCUUCUUGGUUGAGCAAUGGCGGAUCUGGGUGUUCCUUGCGUUGAAUCUCAUCCUUGUAACAAUCUUCUUCACUUCCAGUCCUGCAAGUUACGGUGAAAGCCAAACCCCAGAGCCGAUGAAGAAGAAGAAGAUUAGAAGCAGCGAGCCUGAAAAAGUGGAAGAAGUUGAGAUCAAACAGCAGGAGAUGGAUAAAGAAGAGGAAUGUGAAGAAGAUGAAGAAGAAGAGGAAAUUGGGUUGUCGAAAGAGGAGUUGAAUGAGAGAGUUGAAGCUUUCAUUGUGAUGUUCAAGAAGCAAUUGAUUUCAGAUGCGAGAAAAGUGGGAAGUAGACGAACCCCAUUGAGCUAUAAGAAGACUCAAUAGCCAAAUUUGGAGGGAAAGACCGAACACUAUCUCAGCUAUGCCUUAACCUUUGACCUAACCGUUACCCAUUUUGCAACAACGAAGGAGGACAUUGAAAGACUACGGAAGCCAAAUGAAAAUGAAUCCUUUUCUUUUCCCUUCGGUCUAAGCUUUUGGGAUUGGAAUGGAGGACGAAAAUGAAAAUGAAAUGAGGAUGUUUUUUUAGUUAUUU